GUGUGCAUUUAGUAAUGGCGGAUAUUGGGGACAGUAGUGAAUGGGUUUCCUUUGACAAAGAAGAGGAUUUAACUCCUACAGAAUGUCCUGUGCUAGAAAAACCCUGUGAUAAACCAAAGUUUAUGACUUCAGAGGCUUAUAUAUCAGUACUUGAAAAUAGGUUGAAGAAAAUAAAAGGACAGGACAAAUCUGAGAUUUCAUCAAAAGAUUUACUAGAAGGUCUACAACAAGCAAAAGAAUGCCAUCUUGAGAGGAUAAUGGCAAGCAAUGGAGUCUGUAGUGAUCACAUAGAGGCCUUUGUCUUAGAAGAUAACGAUCAACCAUUUAGAGACAGCAAAUGGUGCUGUACAGCUGCGUAUGUUAAAAUGUUUCCAAAACAACCAAUCAACAGACAAGAGACUGAAUAUUUAAUCAGGGACAAGAAUGAAAAUGAUAAUGAUCAUGUUGAUGGUGAUGAAAAUCUUGAUGAAAAUGUUGAUAAUAAAAAGCAAUGAGGAUACAUUAGGAGAGCAUAUAAAAUAUUGGUAUAAGUAGAGAAUGCUCAGUUAGUCAGUGAAUUUCUGCUACACAGCACUAAAGAGUAUCAUAGCAGUAGCUCCCCUACUUGCACUCUGCCUAACUUGCAUUUAGGUUAUAAUCAAAAUCUUCCAUCUUCAUCUACGCAAACAUACAAAAGCAGAAAAGCCAGAAAUGGAACUCCAGUGGAAACUGAAAUUCAUUUGUGAAAUUUAAUAUUGAAUCUAAAAUUCCUCAUUGUCAACCUUAAUAAAGAUUAGCAAUUAAUGUGAAUUUGACAUUAAUUAAGGGAAAACUGACCUGGGGUCCAGAUGUUAUUUAUUUCUCACUCUCGCAUUUGCUGUUUUGAUGACACUUGCUCAUUCGUUGCAGAAAUAGGAAGUGAAAUAACCUCUGGAGCCCAGGGUAAGAGAAAUCAAUUAGUAUUUGCAAAAAUGCUGCAAGUAAAAAAUGCUUAAACAAAAUGUGCUAGUUCUGUAUAAAAAAGUCAGUAAAAUUAAAUAAAAUUUCAAGCCCAUCUUCA